CUAGCGACCUGUAAGACACUAGCCUCAGUGCCCAAGGCCAAAAAACUGGUCACAGCGGUGCUCUGAGUCGCUUAAAGAGGCGCAGAGUGGCCUCUGAGUUCAGUCUAAGUCGCUGCGCUGGCAGCACUGUAAAACAGCGAGUCUCGGGGACAAGAUGCCAGACUCCGAUGACACCCGCUCCACAAGUGAGAAGCGCCACCAAGCGCUCGAAGCCCAGAUGAAGCAGCGCCAGUUCGUGCAGCGUUUGAAGGAGCGCGGUGAGCGCAUCAAAAAUGCCGAGUCGACGCCACUUGAGAAGGAGUUAAGAUCCCGGCUGUGGUGGGAAUGCGCGCUGGCCGGGACCGCGACUUGCAUCGGUACGGCGGCGCUUCUAAGACGGCGCGCCGGCGUCGUGGCGUCGACCCUCGGAGGGAUCCUAGUGGGCAAUCUGACCUUCGGCGGCGUCUUCGCGCGGCGCGUCGAGCCCUUCUUCGAGAAGAUCUGCGCGCAGCCGGAGCACUCGCCCCGCGUCGAUUCUCUAUUGUGCCCGACGUUCCUCGACCUGAAGGCCAUGAUGGCCGAGGAGCCGCCCGCCAAGGCGGUGUCCGGGGCCAUGACGCGCAUCUGGGAGCUGUGCGAGGCGCGGGCGGAGCGGUUCGGUGGUGGCGCUGCUUCCAACAGCGACGACGGCUGGGCCGGGCAGCCAUCGGCCGACGACUGGUCGUCGCCCGGAGGCCCGUCGGACGACUGGGCGUCGCCCGGAAACCAAUCAACGGACGAGGACCGGUGGUACCAGCCGCCGCCGCCGAAAAAAUAAAGAUGAUGUGUUGUCUACAAG